UUUUUUAGCAUUUUAUUUCUUUUACAAUAUAUUUGCGUACAGUUUACUGUGAAAUUUCGACAACGUAAGUUCAAUUUAAAUCUCUGAGAAGACGAAAAAAAAAUUUUUUCAAAGAUGGAAAGAGCAAAAUUGUAUUUUCUUCUGUAUAAGUUGCUUUGUCUGUAUGAAUUUGUUAACGGUCAUUCUGGUUUACCAAUGUUACCAAGAUUUGAAAAUUUGGUGAAAGAAUCAAUAGAUAAAAGAGUGGAACCCUGUAAUGAUUUUCAAUCAUACGUCUGCGGUAAUCGAACCAGAGAUUAUAACCUUUUAAAAUUAGAUAACAAGAAAUUUGCCCAGCACACUGUUUUUAAAGUAAUACAAGGUAUAUUGCAGGAACCAUUGAACUCCUUAGACGCAUCAACAAUAAAUCUUCUGUUAAAUAAGGAAAAAAAGUGGUACAACGCAUGUCUUAAUGAAAGUUCGGCUGAACAAAGUUUUCAAAUUUUAAAAUUGAUGGUAAAUGAAACUGGAGGUGUUUUACCAAUAAAUAUUGAACCUGUGAUGCGUUGGCAAAAUGUUGCAAGCAUGUAUGCAAAAAUUUUUGGUACUUGUCCAUUAUUUAAUGUUGUUUAUGAAGAGAAUGUUGUUUUAUUGAGAAUUGGCAAACCGUUACAGUGGAGUAUAUUUCAAAUGUCCAGAUAUUACAUAUCAAAUGCAAUUGAAGAAUUUUUUCUUUAUUUUUCUAGUGAAGAGCUUAGCAAUAGUAAUGAAACGAUACUUAAAAAAACGAAAAAAUCAUUAAGGAAUUUAAUAGACGAAAUCUUAGAGUAUACUAAUCAAGAAAGCAUUGGACACAAAUUUUACACUAUUGAAGGAUUUUCGAAUUUCUAUAAUGAAAUAUUAAAUGAAAAUUAUAAGAUCGAUUGGCUUAAACUUUUUCAAGAAAUGGAUAUGGAUUUAAGAAAUGAUGAUAAAUUGAAAUUUGACUGGAAUUAUUUUAUUGGUCUACGUCACAUAUUACAACGUCGUUCAAGCAUAGAGAUUGCAAAUUAUAUUCACUUUAUGUAUACAAUGAAUUCGUUGACUUUUAUUUAUUGGUAUAGAGGCGAUCUUCUCUCAGUGGAUGAACGUAGAUCUGCGGCAUGUAUUCAGAAUAUGCCAAUUAAGGAAGGAAUUAAUGCAGAAGUUAUCACUGUUCAUUUACAGAAUACAAUUGAAUAUCUACAACAAAUGUUUGAUAAUAUCGUCAUAGAAUUUCGAAGGGAAAUAAAAAGUUUGAAAAAUGUUGAUUUAAAAGAAAUAUUAUUAAAUCAAUUGAGUAAAUUACAAAUAGGAACAACUGAUACAGAAAAUGGAUUUAAAUGGCUAGCAUCCGAAACUGUAUCCUAUAAGUUUGAUGUUGGGUUAUGCGGUUUGGAAAAUGUUAUGAAUUUUGGAAAAGCCCAAAGCAAGUUCAAAGUGAAUCAUUAUAGAACUAGAUUGAUGCAUUUUCUGAGUUACAAGCCACGAAGAAAUAAAAGACAGAUAGAACCAAUCGUCAAGUUUGAUAAAAAUAAUCGUUUCAUAAGAAUUCCGAUUUGGCAAUUAUAUUCAGCAUUGUUUAACAUUGACGCACCAGUGGCUUGGAAUUAUGCAUAUUUUGGAUCUGCAAUAGCCCUAAAAAUAUCUCAAGCUCUUGAGCAAAUGUAUCCUUUAAUAUAUAGGGGAAAAAAUUUCUUAAGUGAUAAUAAUAUGGGAUUAAAAUUAGCUUAUAAAGUUUUCAAAAAUGAAAUCAAGAAAAAAACAAAAAAAUAUAAUAACAUAAUAGGAAUGAAUGACUUCAAUCAAAAGCAACAAUUCUUCAUCACUUAUGCUGCUAUCUAUUGUGAUAGCCUGAUUUAUAAAGAACGAAAUAAUGAUAAGCAUAGUGGAGGUCUUAAUACGGUCAUGAUGAAUUUAAAAAGUUUUCGUAAGGCAUUUAACUGUAGAAUUGGUAGUCCAAUGAAUCCUUAAAAAAAUGUGAAUUCACAAUGUGAAAUUGAUUUUACUACUUUAUACUUAUAGUCUAUUUUACUAGUUGUUUUACUUUUAGUUAAAAUUUACCCUCUAAAUUUGAAUUUGUAAAAUUGUUUAAUAAUUUGAAUUAGAAACUGACUUUUUGCUUUUGAAUUAGUAA